UGGUUUUUGACAGUUUCGUAAAUGUUAUUAUAAAAUCGUCUAAAAAUAAUUAAAGUACACGAAUUGAUAACAAAAUGUCGUCUCUUAAAGGUUGGAGGUACACAGUAUUCAUUGGGGGAUUUGUUGGUUUAAUAGGACUAGCAUUAUAUCCCAUAGCAGUGAGCCCUAUGAUGGAUGCAUCAGAAUACAAAAAAAUCCAGAAGGAAACUAGAAAAAAUAUUAGGAUAGAAGAUGUGCAGCCAGGCAAUAUGAAUGUUUGGUCAGAUCCAUUUGGACGUAAGAAAGCAGAUAGUGAAUAAAGAAUAUUAUUUGUUUAUGUACAUAG